UUUUGCCCAGGAGUGAUCUAAAAAGAUACAGUCCUAUGGCUUUGGGGAAUUUCUCAGUUUGCACUGAAUUUGUUUUGAUUUAUUGACAUAUUUUAAAAUGAAUUUUAUGUGCAACGACAGUGUGGUUCUCAGUAUUUUCUCAUGGAGGAUUGCUGAAAUGAGGGAUGGAGAAAACACACUGAAUCAUGUGGUUCUUACUUGAAACUUACCGUGUGAAAUAGAUGAUGUUUUCUCAAUGAAAAGAAGGGAAUGCCAAAGCUUUCACCCUCAGUAGUAGUUACUGGCGGAGGUCCAGCUCCUGUUAUCCUGGUGGUGGUGUGUAGUGGAUGUAGUGUUAAAGAAGAACUCGACGAGUAAAGUGUUGCUCAGUGUUUUAAAGAAUUCUCUUAGAAAUGAGGAGGAAACCAAAGAGAAAUACAAGGAGUCCACAUUGCUGACCCAAACCCAGGGUCGUAUCUGUCUGUAGUGGUGUGUUACAGCAAUUGAUAGAAUUUUUCUGAUGAAAAAAUUGCAAAUUCCUUUACUUUUCACACAACCGAGUUAACUAGUGAAGCAUUAUUCUCCUCAAACUUUCAGUAAAAAGUUUCUGGACGACCUGGUACUUCUGCUUCGUUUGCAUCUUUUUCUGUUAUCCGUGAGUGAGCAAAUAUCACUCAGUUGUUGGGGUUUUUUUGUGGAAAUUUCCAGGUUUCCAGAGAGCAUUAAUAGAUACUUGCAGAUUUUGGGAGCGGGACCUGAGUUAGAAAUGAGACUUUGGAAAACUGAGGAAGCUCUCUGCCUAUUUGAAUUUCAAAUAGUGAUACUUGCAGCGAAAGUUGCGGUUCCGCAGGUGGAGCAUGAGGCUUAGAAAGUGUUUGUUAAUAAGUUCAGAAAGUGUAAAUUUGAGAAGGGAUGGGCUUUUGCUAAUAGUUCACAAACCAGAGACGGAGCUAAUUUUGCCACAGAUUGUUUUGGCUGCCAGAAAGAGGGCAGAAGUUCUUGGGGAAGAAAAGGAAUGAGUCAGAUUUCACACGGAAUAAGUAGUAAAUUUGGUGCCAGGCCACAGAUUUAAAGAUUCCAGGGUUUGUGAGAAGCAGAAAGGAGGAAUUUGGUGGUUUGGGGCAACUGGUGCCGUCUUUGUGGCAGUGGCAAGUGCUGGCCAAAGCCAGGGAGGGCUCAGUGGCAAGUCUUAUUAUGCAGCAGUUGCUGGUGGAAGUUAUUUGGGAUAAACUCUUACCGCAGAAGAGGAUGUCCAAAUCCGCCGUUUCUGAAGAUAAAUAUUCUCUCCUCUCCUUCCGCUGUUCUGAAACAGAGGGAUACAGUCAAAUGAAGUCUUGCAAAGCAACGGCUUUCUCUGGUGUAUUACAUGCAUCAUGAAUGAAUCUGCCUCCAGUGGAAAUGGUCAAGAGUUUGAUGUAUUUAGUGCUAUGGACUGGAAGGAUGGCAUAGGUACUUUGCCGGGAAGUGACCUGAAGUUCAGAGUGAAUGAAUUUGGGGCCCUGGAAGUGAUUACAGAUGAAACUGAGAUGGAAAGUGUUAAAAAGGCAACUGCUACCACAACCUGGAUGGUUCCAACUGCUCAAGAAGCGUUUUCAGAAAAGACAGGGAUCUCCACGAGGUUGAAGGAAACUGCAAAAAUGGAUGGACUUGUUUUCUGUGAAAACUGUUAUCGCUAUGGUACCAUAGAAGAAUUUGUUCCUGAAGGGAAAUUUUGCAGCCAGAAAUGUGCCCAGCAAGUAAAAAACAAAGAACCAAAGGAAGAAAAGCCCAGUGUGGAAUGCAACGGGGAGGAUGAUUCCAAAGGCAUUCGGAAAAGAAAAGCAAAGUUACCUCUCAAAGAAGAGUCCAGGGAUAACGGGGAGAAGAAAGAAAACUCCGACGAAAGUGAGGACAAACCUGAAGGAAGGAUCUUGAGAGUCUCACAGAGAACCAGGAGAAAAAGAAAAGGGGAAAUAACAGUUUUGAAACAAACUGUGCCAUCUAAAGGAAGGCAAGCGUGGUGUUGGGCAUCCUAUCUGGAGGAAGAAAAGGCUGUUGCAGUGCCUACGAAGCUUUUUAAAGAGUAUCAGUCUUUUCCGUACAACAAAAAUGGAUUCAAAGUGGGGAUGAAGCUGGAGGGCGUGGAUCCCGAGCACCAGUCCAUAUACUGUGUUCUCACAGUGGCUGAGGUUUGUGGCUACAGAAUACGACUGCAUUUUGAUGGGUACCCAGAUUGUUACGAUUUCUGGGUGAACGCUGAUUCCUCAGACAUUCAUCCUGUGGGAUGGUGUGAGAAAACAGGUCACAAGCUUCAUCCACCUAAAGGAUACAAGGAGGAAGAAUUCAGCUGGCCCUCAUACCUGAAGGCGUGCAAGGCUCAAGCUGCUCCCAAAUCACUGUUUGAAAACCAGAAUGCAACAGUGAUUCCAUCGGGAUUUCGAGUGGGGAUGAAGCUGGAAGCCGUAGACAAGAAGAAUCCUACUUUCAUUUGUGUUGCUACGGUAACGGACAUGGUGGACAAUCGGUUUCUGGUUCAUUUUGACAACUGGGAUGAGAGCUACGACUACUGGUGUGAGGCAGCAAGUCCACAUAUUCAUCCGGUAGGAUGGUGUAAAGAACAUAAAAGAACUCUCAUCACCCCACCAGAUUAUCCACACGCUAAGCAUUUUUCUUGGGAGAAGUAUUUGGAAGAAACCAGUUCAUUACCUGCACCUGCAAGGGCUUUUAAAGUGAAACCUUCUCAUGGCUUUCAGAAAAACAUGAAACUUGAAGUAGUUGACAAGAGAAAUCCAAUAUUUAUCAGAGUAGCAACGAUUGUAGAUACUGAUGACUAUAGAAUAAAAGUGCAUUUCGAUGGCUGGGAUAGUAUUUAUGAUUAUUGGACUGAUGUGGAUAGCCCUGAUAUCCACCCUGCAGGCUGGUGUACGAAAACCGGGCACCCUCUUCAGCCCCCACUUAGUCCCUUGGAACUGGUGGAAGCUUUAGAGCACGGAGGGUGUCCCACGGCAGGAUGUAAGGGAGUUGGACACAUUAAAAGAGCAAGACAUAUCGGCCAUCAUAGCGCCGUCAGCUGCCCGUACUCAGAGAUGAACCUGAACAAGGAGAGCCUCUUGCCCGACCGGCUGAGCGGGGAGAUGCCCGUGGCCAGCCCCAUCCCCAGGAGCAGAAAAGUGGAACCAAGUGAAAGACCCACCUCUCCUGUAAUCAACGACAGAAACUGCCCCAGCCCUGGUCAUGGAGGUAUGAAAUCCUCAGCUCACAAUCGAUCAUCUGGGAAAACUGUACCAGAAACAACGAAGGAGGAAGAUGAGGAAAGUAAAUCUCCUUGCAAGAACCCCCUCUUAUGUGACGUGAAAGAAAAGAAGGGGCCUGGUGGAGUGCUACAGACAAAGGACUCCAUAAAGAUCAAAGAGUGUGAAGAAGAGGAGACAGAAAGUAAGCUGCUCAUUUCAAAUGAAAUUAAAGACGUUGAAGAACCCAACACACAGAGGCUUCUUUCUCAACCAGUUCUUGUGUCUUCCAAGCUGCAAAUCCCUGGCCUGCCCUUGCGCUGGGAACAGCAGAGCAAGCUCCUUCCAAGCGUAGCCGGGAUCCCAGCCAGUAAAGUUUCCAAGUGGAGCACGGAUGAGGUCUCUGAAUUUAUACGGAGUUUACCAGGAUGCGAAGAACAUGGCAAGGUGUUUAAAGAUGAGCAAAUUGACGGAGAAGCAUUUCUACUAAUGACCCAAUCAGACAUAGUCAAAAUAAUGAGCAUUAAACUGGGACCAGCCCUAAAAAUCUUUAAUUCCAUUCUGAUGUUCAAAGCGGCAGAGAAAAACUCGCACAAUGAACUCUGAAGAGAAUGGAAAACGCGUAGGAGCCGCGGCUUUCUCCACGGGAGCUCAUCUUUUAUUCAAAGCACAAGGACUUGCUAGAACUGUGGAGUAAGGACUCUCAGAAAGGAAGAAACCAGUUGAGCACUGGUGGACUAAUUCUGUUCCAGUAGAGCCAGUACACACCGGGAAGUGUUGGAGCUUUUGGGAAGGUACUGUGGAACAAACGAGUCAGCUAGUCUUAAUUACCAAACUAAUGGCCCUCAUCCUCCCUGGAUGGUCGUUAGGAUCUCUGACUUUCUCUGGGCAUCAAGAAAACCUUCAUUCAUUAUUUAUGCUGUAUUAUAGAAGGGAAUGUUAAUAUUUUCUAAGAAUUCUUGAAUCCUACUUCAUGUACCCAUUUUACUUUUCAGGAGCUUUGACUUCAUACUAUCCAAAUAAAAAAGCAAUUAGCCGAAAAUUAGGCUACAGGUAGCCAGAGGAGACUGUUACGGCUAAUUCCUAUUUGUGCCAUAGUUUAAAAAUGAAACACUUAAUGUUACAUAUGUGACACUUUAUGCUAUAGCAUAUAACUUUACAGAUUAUAAAGCUGUCUGUUUGCUUGUAAGAAAACAAAACAAACCUUGUUGGGGUUGAAAAUUAUAAUGCUUUUUUGAUAACUGAAUGUUUUUACUUUUGCACGGUUACAAAAACGUUCUGUGAGUUUUUCCACCAGCAUCUUUAAUGUAUUUUACCAAAAGACCAGUAUAGAGAAGGCUGCAACUGAAAAAUAAAAAGUUUGACUUCAUAGAAGACUUUUUGUUUAUGCUGCACAAUAGAGUCCCAGCCUUUGACGUGGGAGUCUGCUACCUUCCUUCUGCACACGAAGGAUAACACGUGUAUUUUGAGGUAAGGAUAUUAGCAAAAAAAAAAAGGAAGUAUAUUCAUCCAUGUCUGCACAUUCCAGUCUCCAGUAGAGUAACCACAGGUGUGGAGAAAAAGUGUGCUAAAGCUGGGACUGCUGCUCUGGCUUCUUAUUCCACCUAGGUUUGUUUUCCCCAUGGUGGGAGAACUAUUUCACCCACCACUUCCAGUUGGAAAGUGUGAUUUAUAAAUGAAUAAGGCAUAGGGGGGAAGACAGCACAGAGGAAAAGGAUACCUAAGGUCAUUAGCAGGCUGGAGAUGCCACCAGCAGGUACUUGGGUGAGGCAGCCUUCUCCCUUGGAGGAUUUUUCUAACCAUUUGUCAGGGAAAGUCGUUGCACUUGGUAGAUAUACGGAAGGUGUAAACCAGAUGCACUUUAAAUGGGAGGAAGCCUGGCUGCCUGUGUGCUGGGGACUGGUGGAGAACGUUGCUUUUUGCAAGAAGAGAGGGAAGAGUUGGCUGGAGGUUCUUGGCAGCCCUUCUUUUCUUCUCAGCGCCGUGGUGGGCAGUUGAGAGCUGAGAACAAACAGAGCAUUCCCGUUGCACAGAGCUGGGGGAAUUUUUACAUCUUCCCAUGUAAAAAUUCUGGGUUGUUCCGUGGCUGGAGCUCCUUCAGGUUUGAAGUGCUCUCCGUGUCCCAUCCCGUAGGUGACUGCAGUGACACGAGGUGAAACAGGGUCGGUGUGAAGUUAAGUUGCAUUUGAGCUGUUAAUUUCCUUCCAUAGCAUUGCGUAAAUGAUAUUUUUUACAUUUUUGUUCGAUAUUUGUACAUUCAAAUUGCACUCUUCUUGUACUACGAUACAAAUAAAACCUGAGCUGGA